CCGGCCGUCCCCCAACUCCUCGGCCGCGACAAACUCGCAUCUCCGGCCCGAUACCUCGUCCCGAUCCCAUCCCCGCCUGCACUCCACUCCACCUUUUCCUACCGUUUGCGUUCGUUUCCUUUCCCCACACCGCACGCGCCGGAAGGAACCCAGGCCCCGAAAGUCGCUUUUCUUUCAGGCCGCCAGACUUUCCCACUCACCAGGGCUAGGGUUUUUCUUUCUUUCUUUCUUUUGGCCUUUCCGGCCAGCCAUGUCCAUGUCAAUGUCGUCGCACCCCCUCGUCCUCCUGCUUGUCCCCCCACCCUGCCGCCCAACACCCCCACUGACUCGCUGACUCACUCACUCGCCGCCCUCUCUUUCUGCCGGAGCUUCCACUCCCGGCCCGACGACCCCACCCAAUGGAGGGCCCGCACCCGCUGCCGGAGCCGGAGGCGGGGACGGGGACGGAGGAGCCGGUGACCGGCCGGCGGUGCGGCCGCCACCCGGACCAGCCCCUCAACGGCGUCUGCUCCGCCUGCCUCGUCGAGCGCCUCUCCUCCGUCCGCAGCCCCGAGAUCGUCGAGGUCGCCUCCUCCUCCUCCUCCCGCGACCCCGACGCCCGCUCCCUCCCCGUCCCCGUCCCCGCCUCCGGCGACCAAGAAGACCAGGGCAAGCUGCGGAGGACGCUCAUGCUGCUCUUCCAGAUGGACGACUCCGGCGCCGCCGCCGACCGCCCGGGCGCCAACCGUCCGCCCGACGCCAAAGAUCCCGGAGCGUCAGAGGCGGACCACCCCGGAGGCGGCGGCAGGAAGUGGAUGGGCGCCUCCUGGCUCAGGGCGAUCCUGCCCAGGCGGGGGGCGCGGCGGCGCGGGACCAAGGAGGAGGAGGAGGAGCCCUCGCGCCCGUCUGGGGCGGUGGAUCCCCAUCCUGGCGAUGCCAGCGGCGGGCCGUCGCCGCCGCUGGUGGAGCGGAGGGCCAGCUUCCGCCGCUCCUGCGAGUGGAUGAUCUGCCGGGAGCCGCCCAGAGGCUCCUCCCUGGACCCGCCCCGCCACUCCUGGGACGGCUCCAUGGUGGGCAGGGCCUUCGCCUGCUCCUUCGCGUGCCUAGACGAGCCGUCUGAUGGCGUCACCAGGGUCAGGCAGGGCAAUGCAGAGGAAUCGGCGAGGGAGCGCCCUGCUGCCGAGGUUGCAGCAGAGAGCAGGAAUAGGGGGCAUUCUGCCGAUGUGGGCGGCGAGGGGCCGAGGUUCAGAGGAAGGAGGAGUUGCAGUGACGCCGGCCCGGAGAUAACUGUGGCGGCCUCAGGUGUCCGGCGCCGGAGGUCCAACAGGUGGAGCAGGGUGUGGGAUCGCAGCAUCACGAGUCCACUAAAAGAAUUCGUGAGGAAGGGGGAGCAUGCUCUUGACCGGUCCUUCUCGGAGUCGAGGAGGGAAACCCGGAGGUGUAAAAAUGGGGAGAUGGCAGACAUCGAAAAUGGCGAAAUUCAGCAUGGCCGCAACGGGUCGGUACUUCCAGGCAGAGCAAGCCAGGGCUCAAGCAGAAGCUCCCAAGCCGCCGUGGCUAACGGGGACGCGCAGAAUUUCCGCGCGGAUUGGCUUAAGAACAAGGAAUGCAGGAUCGGCAGGAGCAGGAGCGUCCAUUACACCUCUCCUGGGAACUUUGAUAAUGGCAUGCUGCGGUUUUACCUGACGCCGAUGAGGAGCAACAGAGCCGCAAACAGGGGGAGGAGGAGAAGCUCGCGCUUGUUUGGAAGAGGGCUUUUUGGUUUCGUUUGAGUGGCUCAAGCUGAAUGCUAGCAGCCCAUGCCAUACAUUUUAGAAGAUGGCAGCAGCACAAGCAACUUUUUCUUCAGAAUCUACUUGGUUUCUUAGAACUGGCUAACUCUGUAAGUUGUUCAGCAGCUACAUUUUCUGCAGUACAUUAUUAAGCCCAACUUAGAGUCAGGAAGAUUUAGCUUAAGUUGCAGAUUUGCUGCUCUGUUCUUUUAAGAUGCUGCUUAUAGAUGGAAUCAGGACUGUGCUGUCCAGAUUAGUGUAUCAGGUGUAAUUAUUUACAUUGAUAAUAAUAUUCGUAUCAAUUCUUCCAAUCAGUAAAGGUAUAUACUGUUCUAAACUUGUGUGACAUGUUGCUGCCUCCAAAACAUAUGCCAUAUGCUGCUUAUCCAUGGACAAGAUCACAAGCCAGAGAACUUUCAGCUGCUGUGUCUUAUUAUUAGAAAUAGCCACAUAUGGCCCAUAUGCUACACAACUUACACAAUGAAGGGAAUUAGCUGCGUAUGAACUUUCCUGCUCUGCAACUCUUGCACUUUUGUUGUUAGUUUCUGUUUCCUAUAUUUUGUAGACUGACCGUUAACCACUGGUCCAUGCUGUUCAUUGCUCUAUAAAUGACACUGAGGCUGCACUGGUGUGGUCCUUACCAAAGGCAUGAGAGUUCUCAAUGGUUGGUGUCCUCUCCUUGUGGUAAAUGAUUCCAUAUGUGCCCCAACUUGAGUGCAUUCCCAUCUUUAACUUGUCCAGAUAAGGUUAAAGUGUGAACCACAUCUGCACUUCUGUUUUGUUUUUCGUAGGAAACGAAAAUUUCAAAAGGUCGGGUUGCAUAUGUUGGUUCACUCUGGCUAGACCAGCUAUGGCCAUCAGUUGCGGACUUUUAGUAUCUGUUGAAGUUCCUUGUUUCAUACAAAGAUUUCAGACUGCUGUGUUCUUAAAUAGGAUGGAUGGAUGGAUGGAUACUGUAAUAUCACAGAUCUAUUGCUCCCCGUUUAAUGAUUUGUGAUUAUGAUGAUACCUUGUCGCCUUCUCUUUCAUCAUACAGAUAUAUAAAGUGUCUCAACUUUAGUACAACUUUGCACUAAGACAUUUAUUUUGGGAUGGAUGGACUAAUCUGGUAAGUUGUCUACCAAGGUUUUAAAUAGUUCCGACAGCAGAGAAGUAGCAUAUGAAUGUGAAUAUGUAAUGGAGCUGGAUGAAUCAGCGGCUCAAGGUUUUGGUGGAUCAAAUCAAAGGUGUGUUUUGUUCUGACAGAAUUGUUCCAUUCUUGGUACGUACUCCCUCCGUCCGUCCCAAAAUUAGUGUCGCGGUUUUAGUUCAGUUUUGUACUAAAGCCACAACACUUAUUUUGGAACGGAGGAAGUAAGUUCUAAGCCUCUAAUAAGGGUUGUUCUUGCAUGGAAGAUUCAGACAUCGUUUGCCUUUGCAUCUGAAUGAAAAGAAGUUUGCUACUGGUACUAGUCGUUCUCGUCAACAAACAAACGCGGGCCAUCUUUUUCUUUGCAGCUAAGUGUCAGUGAGCGUGUGCAACUGCUCUGCUCUGCACAUGCAAUUUUGCAUCUUCCACUCGCCCUUGGACUGACUAUAGGAGUGGGUUUGCAGACUGGAGAAGCAUCCCUCUGAUCUGCAGUGGCCUCCGGCUCACAGUGUUCCAUUUCGUUGCCUGGACGAAGCUGUGCAGAUUAGUGUGCACCAAGUGUAAUCAUUG